AUGCGAUUAGCGGCUUAUGCUGGGGUCUCGGUGACCCUAGCCGCCGGGGUGAUUUUGAAGGCCUUGCAUCAGCGAUCCAAUUUCUAUGCAGCUGCCGUCUAUCUCUCCCAGAGUAGCGCCAAUCUUAUGAUAUUAACGAACUUGUUUCUUGUCGCUACUGGAUAUUUCCUCUACGGUGCUCAACGCCUCCUGUACGGACAAUUACGCCCCAUCGAGACCGAGCAACUAUACGAGAAGGCCUGGUUCGCCGUGACAGAAACAUGCCUUGCUAUGACUAUAUUCCGCGGGGAGUUAGGUGUCUGGUUCUUGGUUAUGUUUGUCUGUUUACUUGUAGGAAAAGUAUGGGGUUGGAUCGGUGAAGGCAGAGUCGAAAUCCUCGAACAGCAACCGCCCGCAAAUCCCCGCCUAUUCCACGGUCGUCUUGCCACGUCGCUCGUAUUGUCUGUCACUUUUGAUGCUCUCAUGUUGGACUAUGCGGUGAGAACCGUUUUGGAAUCUGCCCGCGCGGAUAUGAUGGUUAUGUUUGGUUUCGAGUUCGCCAUCCUCACUAUCUUGUCCACAUCGACUCUAGCGCGGUACUGUAUCUCACUGGUUGAGAUGUACAUCAAGUACCGCCAGAAAAUGGUCAAAAUGGCUGAGCGCAGAGCCGAAAUUCGUUCUGAUAGGGAGCGAGCAAUACGUGAACACCGCGAAUCCGGCGCCGAGGGGCUUCCAGAGAACCUACCCGAUGAAGCCGAUGUGGACGAGAUGGAACUCGAUAUCCCCGGUUGGGAAGAAAAGGGCCGUUGGGUAUUCUAUUUGGACCUCAUCACCGACUUUUGCAAACUGGUCGUUUACUUGACCUUCUUCGCCAUUCUAUUCGCCUUCUACGGCUUGCCCAUACAUAUCUUGAGAGAUGUUGUUGUCACAAUCCGUUCAUUUGGCCGACGUCUUGUCGAUUUCAUGAAGUACCGUACCGCGACAAGGGAUAUGAACGAAAGAUAUCCCGACGCAACGGCAGAAGAAAUAGCUAGGGAAGAUACCUGCAUCAUUUGCCGAGAGGAGAUGGUGCCGUGGCAACAACCAGCAGGCGAAGGCAAUAGACGAACCGUUCCAGCGAGACUUCGACCAAAGAAGCUUCCUUGCGGUCAUAUUCUUCAUUUCGCUUGUCUCAGAAGCUGGCUGGAGCGACAACAGAAUUGUCCAAUGUGCCGACGACCGGUAGUUGUACCACGAAAUCAGCACUAUCCUGCAAAUAAUGCAAACAAUGGUGGUGGUGCGAAUAACGCUCCAGGAGCGCAGCCAGAUCCUAACCAACCUCCUGCGCCAAAUAAUGUAGCUGGAGAUGGCCAGCCCCAGGCUCGGAUAUAUCAAUUUGGACCAUUUCGCAUUGGUUUCGGUGCUGGUCGGGGAGAUGUUUUCCGGAAUUUGCAUCAACAGAUUCAUGGAAACAAUGCACCGCCUGUAAACAUUCCUCCAGGAGCUCAGCAAAUUGGGUUUGGAUUUGGAUUCGGUCGACCACAGAUUCCUCAACUUCCUCAACCACUUCCUCAAGGCUUGAAUGUUCUACAACCUCCAGCCGUGCCAACCAACCUGGCCAGCAUCCAGCAACAGCUGACAAAUCUUGAACAACAAAUUGCCCAGGAAUAUCAAAGUCUACGAGCUACAGCAGAGCAGCUACAUGUUCUCCGUGCUUUGCAAACUGAGCUACAAAGACUACGAACCACGCAACAAAACCCAUUACCUUCGCAGCCUCUCACAGAGCCACAGCCAACAUCCGCCGCUUUUCCUCCGACGGCAACCACAACAUCGACAGCACCACCCGCCAUUGUCCACCAAUUAACUGGUCAGUCGGCAACUCCAAUUCCUGCCGGUGAUAGUCGACUUCCGCAGGGGCUCACACUUCCACAAGGAUGGACGUUGACGCCUCUUCGUCGAGUGGAACCUUCGGCUACAACAGUGGCAGCAGGAGUACCUACUCCAGCAUCCAUUUCACCUGCAGUUCUUGACCCUCAACUAUCUGAGCGUCUUCCUCCACGCUCGCCUGACGACGAUCAACAAUUAGAAAACUCUGCAGCCGAAGAAGUUUCAUCCCAACCCGUCAGCAGUGAACCCAAUCAAACGCACGAUGCGGAACAGCCCAGAAGCGAAUACGGUAGAAUUAGCCCUUCUUUCCAAUGGGGAGGCGAGAGCAACCUAGAACCACAAGCUUCAAAACAAGACGACCUCGUUCCAGAAGGCUCCAGUCAAGAAGCAGAUGAUGCUUCAUCGUCAACGGACAAAGGCAAAGCCCGAACCGCGACAGUAGAAGACCUCAAUGACGACGACAUGGAUUGA